UAUUAAAUCAUAUAAUUUUCUUAUAUUGGGAAUCGUAACAUUAAUUUGUUUUCUUUUACUUUUAAAUUGAUAAACAUUCCUUAAUUAAUUACUGAAAUAAAAUUUGUAAAGAGACUAUAUGAAAAAUAUAAUUAACUGAUUUAUAAUACAUUUAGUAUGGCUCACAAUAAUGUCAAGAUCUUACCAGGAGCAACAGUUUGUGAGGACUGUACACUCGAAGGUGAUAUCACAAUAGGUGGAGGUACAGUGAUUCAUCCAAGAGUAACAAUUAUUGCAGAAGGUGGUCCUAUAAUUAUAGCUGAAUAUUGUAUUAUUGAGGAAUACUCUACCAUUAUACAUAAAAAAAGUGAUAAGCAAGAGAAUCCACCAAAGCCACUUUUCAUAGGUGCACACAAUGUGUUUGAAGUUGGAUGUAAGCUGGAGUCUCCAUGCGGUCAUAUUGGAGAAAGUAAUGUUUUUGAGUGCCGUUCAUUUGUUGGUGUUGAUGUGAAAAUUGGGAGUGGUUGCGUUAUUGGUGCUGCUUGUAAUUUGACUGCACCACAAACAUUAGUUGACAACACAGUAAUAUGGGGAUCAGAACAUCAUAUAAGAGAAGCAUUGGAGAAGCAACCUUCACAGCUACUUCAAUUGGACUUUUUGAGUAAAGUUAUGCCCAAUUAUCACAGAUUAAGGAAACCUAAUGUCCAUAAACGGCAACCCUCAAGACCGUCACAGGAGUCCUCACCAAAACCAUAAAAAUGUAAUUAAGUAUAGGAAGAGAAAACCAAUAUGUUUGUGCAAUUAAAAAAUCAUAGUUGCUGUAUUCAAUUAUAUUUCAAAAUCAUUUGUAAAAUUUGUUGAAUUUUGUAAAUGUAUUACUUAAUUAUAAAAAUGACAUCAUAUUACUUUAUCCAUUUCAAUGGUAAAAGGACAGUGAAAUGAGGUAUAAUAAAUACUUUAUAGGAAUAGCAACAUUGUUCAAAUGAAUAGCAAAGUACCUUUUUCCACUGUCUAACACAUCAAUGUUGUUCUUAGAUCAUACAAUAAGCACUUACUGUUCUUAGCUGUUCUAUAAAUUGUGUGUAAUGCAGCUUAUUCACAUAUAAAAUUAUUUAAUAUAAGUCCUGCGAAUAAGCUUAAAAUGAAUGAGUAAUGUAAAA